AUGUCCUCCCGGUUUGAAGCCAAAUCCCUCAUCCUCGCCUUCAACUCCUCGAUAGAAUUCUCCGAGGGGUUGACGGUGAGGACGCUCCAGCCGGGCUUCUUCUCGUCGUCGUCUUCCUCCGAGUCGAACCCGAAAGCUGUCCAAUCGAGGGCGCUCCUCGGUGACGGCUCCUGGAGCGCCGGGGCUUCGGAGAGGAAAGGGUGCCGGAGGAGCUGCUCGCACGACAGCCGUUCGACGGGGUUCCUCUUCAGGCAUUUGUCGAGGAAAUCUCGGCCGCUCUUCGACAGCUCCGCCGGGAAUUCCGGCACCUGGUCGCCGAGAGCGAUCCUGAGCAGCACGCCGCCGGCGUCCUCGUGGUCGGUCACCUUCCACGGCGGCUUCCCGGUGACCAUCUCGAUGACCGUGCAGCCCAGCGACCAGACAUCGGACGCCGGCGAUGUCGCCUCGCCAGCGACGACCUCCGGGGCCAUCCACAGUGGCGUGCCCGAGGAGUUCGCCGCCGCCGUGCUGGAGAUCCUCCUUGACGAGCCGAAGUCGGCGAGCUUGGCCUCGCCCCAGUGGGAGCCCACGAGGACGUUCCGGCCCUUAACGUCGCCGUGGACGACCCCAACGCCGUGGAGGUACUGGAGGGCAAGCGACAGACAGCGGGCGUAGGAGCGGACCGCCGGCUCGUCCACGGCGCCGCCGCCUGCACGCCAGCGAGCAGACAACUCCGCCGCCGUUCCGCCGGGCACAUACUCCAUGAGCAGGUUCCUGUACGUCCCCGAGGCGAGCUCCGUCGUGGUGCCGUCCCCAAGGUAGGAGACGACGUACGGCGAGCUGAGGGAGCGGAGAAUUUGGAUCUCGUUCUCCAGGGACUGAACCGCGGACCCUAGAGAGGAGGAAGAACAAGAAGCGGCGACGCCGCCCUCCAGCCUUACGGACUUCACGGCGAAAAUCCCUCCGCUGGACUCGUCGAUGGCGAGGCUGACCGUUCCGAACGAACCACUCCCUAUGCAGCGCCCUCGCACCCAUCUGCCGCAGGUAGGAGGAGGAGGAGGAGGAGGAAGAGUCGCCGUCGCCGGCGCCGGCGCCAGAGAAGGAGGCAGACCCAUCUUGGUCUCUGGGAAGAAAGAGUGA